UCCACGCAUGCCAUAGGUCGGCCGCCUGUUCACAGGAGGAAGACGAAUAAGGAAGGCAAAGUGUGACUUGCCUGUUAACUUCCACAGUUGCCAUCCUUUUAAAUUGCCGUCUUUAAUCUGCUGUCUUUCUAAAUUUGAGGUAAAUUAUAAGAACCCAAUAUGGCUAAACCGCUGACAGACCAGGAGAAGAGGAAACAAAUCUCCGUUCGUGGACUGGCCGGGGUAGAAAACGUGACGGAUAUUAAGUCCAAUUUCAACCGCCACCUCCACUAUACUCUUGUAAAGGACCGCAACGUCGCCACCAAAAGGGACUACUAUUUCGCUUUGGCAAACACUGUUCGUGACCAUUUGGUCGGACGAUGGAUCCGGACGCAGCAGCACUACUAUGAAAAAGACCCCAAACGCGUGUACUACCUGUCUCUGGAGUUCUACAUGGGCCGCACCCUGCAGAACACCAUGGUCAACCUGGCCCUGGAGAACGCCUGUGACGAGGCCACCUAUCAGCUGGGCCUGGACAUGGAGGAGCUGCAGGACAUAGAGGAGGACGCGGGGCUAGGAAACGGGGGCCUCGGCCGUCUGGCAGCAUGCUUCCUGGACUCCAUGGCCUCCCUGGGCUUGGCUGCUUACGGUUAUGGCAUCCGCUAUGAGUUCGGUAUCUUCAACCAGAAGAUUGUUGACGGCUGGCAGGUGGAGGAAGCAGAUGAUUGGCUGCGCUAUGGCAACCCCUGGGAGAAGGCCCGCCCAGAGUACAUGCGCCCGGUGCACUACUACGGCCGGGUGGAGCACACCCCGGGGGGGGUCAAGUGGGUGGACACCCAGGUGGUCUUGGCUCUUCCCUAUGACACCCCGGUCCCCGGUUACAGGAACAACGUGGUCAACACCAUGAGGCUGUGGUCGGCCAAGGCCCCCUGUGACUUCAACCUUAAGGACUUCAAUGUGGGCGGUUACAUCCAAGCUGUUCUUGAUAGAAACCUGGCGGAGAACAUCUCCCGGGUCCUGUAUCCCAACGACAACUUCUUUGAGGGCAAGGAGCUGCGUCUGAAGCAGGAGUACUUUGUGGUGGCCGCCACCCUGCAGGACAUCAUCCGGCGCUUCAAAUCCUCCAAGUUCGGCUCCACCGAGUUUGUGCGCAUGGACCUGAGCACGUUGCCCGACAAGGUGGCCAUCCAGCUGAACGACACCCACCCGGCCCUGGCCAUCCCUGAGCUCAUGCGCAUCCUGAUGGACCUGGAGGAGCUUCCUUGGGAGAAGGCCUGGGACAUUGUGGUGCGUACGUGUGCCUACACCAACCACACGGUGCUGCCCGAGGCUCUGGAGCGCUGGCCCAUCGACCUGUUCCAGAACCUCCUGCCGCGCCACCUGGACAUCGUCUACGAGAUCAACAGGCGCCACCUGGAGCGCGUGGCCCAGCAGUUCCCCGGCGACGAGGGCCGUCUGCGGCGCAUGUCCCUGAUCGAGGAGGGUGACCACAAAAAGAUCAACAUGGCCCACCUGUGCAUCGUGGGCUCCCACGCCGUCAACGGGGUGGCCCGCAUCCACUCGGAGAUCAUCAAGGACACCGUGUUCAAGGAUUUCUAUGAAAUGGACCCUGAGAAGUUCCAGAACAAGACCAACGGGAUCACGCCCAGGAGGUGGCUCGUCAUGAGCAACCCUGGACUGGCGGAGGUCAUCGCAGAGCGAAUUGGUGACGAUUACAUCCGAGACCUCGACCAACUGAAGAAUCUUCUGGAGUUCGUGGACGACGAUUCCCUCAUCCGUGAUGUCGCCAAAGUCAAACAAGAGAACAAGAUGAAGUUCUCGGCCUAUCUGGAGGAGCACUAUAAGGUGAAGAUCAACCCCGAGUCUAUGUUCGACGUGCAGGUCAAGAGGAUCCAUGAGUACAAGAGACAGCUGCUCAACUGCCUGCACAUCAUCACCUUCUACAACCGCAUUAAGAAGCAACCGAACAAGGCAUGGACCCCAAGAACAAUCAUGAUUGGAGGAAAGGCUGCUCCAGGUUACCAUACCGCUAAGAUGAUCAUCAAGCUGAUCACGGCCAUCGGGGACAUCGUCAACCACGACGCGGUGGUGGGAGACCGCCUGAAGGUCAUCUUCCUGGAGAACUACAAGGUCACGCUGGCCGAAAAGAUCAUCCCGGCGUCGGACCUGUCGGAGCAGAUCUCCACGGCCGGGACGGAGGCGUCCGGGACGGGGAACAUGAAGUUCAUGCUGAACGGCGCGCUGACCAUCGGCACCAUGGACGGGGCCAACGUGGAGAUGGCGGAGGAGGCGGGCGAGGAGAACCUCUUCAUCUUCGGCAUGAGGGUGGACGACGUGAAGGCCAUGGACCAGACGGGCUACGACGCCAAGUCGUACUACGACCGCAUCCCGGAGCUGAAGCAGGCCAUGGACCAGAUCUCAGGGGGCUUCUUCAGCCCCGGCCAGCCCGACCUCUUCAAGGACAUCGUCAACAUGCUGAUGAACCACGACAGAUUCAAAGUGUUUGCGGACUACGAGGAAUACAUCAAAUGCCAGGACAAAGUUAGUGCACUUUACAAGGAUCCUAAAGAGUGGACCAAGAUGGUGAUCCGUAACAUCGGCAGCAGUGGUAAGUUCUCCAGCGACCGCACCAUCGCCCAGUACGCCCGGGAGAUCUGGGGCAUGGAGCCCAGCCUGGAGAAGAUCCCGGCCCCCGAUGACCCGCGCGACUGAUGACCCCCCGCUGAGCAGGGCCCCGCCCUCCUUCGAGUCGACCCCUGAAAACCUCCCUGACCUGGGGGGGGGGGGGUCUCCGGACGCAACGUGGGGGUCCACCACAUUCCCUUCCCGUCGUUGUUUGAUGUGGUGCCGAAAAACAAUAGUUUGUGUUUGUGUAGACGGUGAGACUCAACCCUUGUGGGAUGAGAAGGCCUUCCUAACUGUACCUCGACCGACCUGCCUUGUAUUAACCUGGGAUCGUCUCCUUUUAGCACCAGCCAUGGCUACCGGUAGUGUUUUGUCACUGUAUUGUUUUAAAACAUAUAUACUAUAAGCCAACGUUGUUUCACAAAAAACACACUUUGAAUAUCGUACCCAAAACAAACUAAAUGUAAGUCGAAUAGCCAUGCAAGUAUGCAAAAGAUGAAUAUGUAUUUGCCUAUGCACAAUGCACAAACCACUGUGAUUUUAUGACGUGCCUGUCAGCCAUGCACCCGUAUUUUUGCAUGAUUUAUUUAACUUGGCAAAGACUAGGUCCAACUCUUUUGUUGACAUAGGUCCAUGCAUUCUUUUUUCUUCCAGUAGUCAUUGUGUUUCCUGCUGACUGUAUGCCCGUCUGUGGGUCCACUGCUGUCUGGGAUAGCACUGCCACUGUAAACGACGAGUUCCUCUGGACUCAUGCAUGCAUGAUGACCUCACUGUCCUACCGUUAAGAGGGGGAGGGACAAAUGCCUUCUGUCUUUACCUGCUCCACCCCUUGUCAGGUUUACUAAAUGUACCUUUCCGUUAGUUGUGUGUUUCCCCCAGGCCCAAAAUAACUCACGGAAUCGCAUUAACCUAAUGUUGUGUAGCAGCUUGUUUGUGGUAACGUAAUAAUAAAGAGAAUAUUGUUCUG